AUGCGGUCCUUUUUCAAUAAGCCCGCCUGGGCUACCAAGACAGAUGACUCGGGCACCGAAUUCUACCGCCGAUCUGGACAAACGUACUCCGACAUUGUCGCCGCAAAUCGUGAAGCGCACAGGAAGCAGAAGCUCGCAGCUCAGUUCGCGGAAAGCUCACCCUCAACGACUGCUGAAGAGAGCCGAAAAUCCAAGCGACCACGAAAGUCUGACGAGCAUGAGGAGAAACCGGAGACGGAGGACGAGGAACCCGAAGCUACGAGCACACCCAAGUCGGAUAAAGAAAGCGAGCCCGAAGAAGAUCGCAAGCGUUCCCCUUCGUCUCGUAGUGAAGAGCGUGGUCAAUCUGAGAGUCUUGAAGCCAAUGAAGAUGAACCUGAGCCCACGACGGUUCCAAGCCCUAUCAAUCUUGACUCGACGAAGAGUCCCUCUACGGAUCACUCACAAACCUCCUCCUCGCGCCAGACCCCAGAUUAUCGCCCCGAAAGAACUCAGCAAAUAACGGAUUCAAAUUCCAGGGAGACGAGCAGCAAUCCGCCUUCAAGACACUUGGCCACUGGGUCUAAUUAUCAAACUGUGCAACCAACGCCCACCCCUCCACCAGCAGAGGACCCAAGAGUGCACAUCCUUAUAACAUCCGAAAUACCAAACACCAAGCCAUUGAUUGUCCAGCGCAAGAUGUCCCAGCCACUGAAGGACGCUCGCCUAGCGUGGUGUGAGCGACAGGGCUUCACUGAAAAAGAAACAUCAACCAUCGAACUCUACUGGAAUGGCGUCAGGCUAUUUGACGUGUCAACAUGCAGGAGAUUCGACACGAAGAAAGAUAAAAAGAGCUUUUUGGAUAUAGAAGACGAUCCCGAUGCAGAACAGACUGAACUGAAAAUCCACUUGGAGGCGCUCAGCACGGACCCGCUCUUGAUGAAUCGUCGUGGUCCCUCUCCAGAUGUCGGCGCACCAUCACCUGCUCCUCCCACUCUGGAAAUUGAUCCGGAGAACGAGCCGAUGAAGUUACUUUUGAAAUGUCCCGGACUGAAUGACUUCAAGAUCAAGGCUAGACCUAAGACCUUGGUGUCGAAGAUUAUAGCGGCUUUUCGAGCGAAGCAGAAUAUACCCGAGGAUAAGACGGUGCAUCUUGUCUUUGAUGGUGAUCGACUUGAGCCUGAUACUUGCCUAGGUGAUAGUGAUAUUGCUGACCUCGACAUGCUGGAGGUGCUUAUUAAAUAA